CAUCAUUAAUUUGCGCGAGCACCCUAUAAGACACGAUGCUGACCAGCGUGUGGCUGGCCGACGCCACCGACGAGGACAACGUCGAGCACCCCCAACAGCAGCAGCAGCACGAGGUCGAGGCCGUCCUCGACGACCCGAUGGUGCCCGAGCAGUUCCUCGAGGUCGACAUGAACAACUUCUACCUGCCCACGCCCCCGGAGAGCAGCGAGCUCUGGCAGGAGAACUUCCUCGCGGCGAGCGGCAGCAGUCUGCAGACCUUCAGCUCGGUCUCGGGGGCGGCCGCGGGCAGCGGGGGUGGAGCAAAGAUCGGCAAGCCGGUUCGGGGCAACGCCGAGCGGCGCUUCUACUGUCCGAGGUGCGCCAAGGCUUUCUCGCGCACAGACAGUCUGCGCCGCCACGAGAAGCUCUACUGCAGGAGCAACCGGGAGUCGGAGCAGCCGGCCAAGAGGGAGGUGGUUAAGAAGGAUGGGGUAAAGAAGGAGGCCCUGAAAAAGGAGCCCAAGCAGAGGCUCGCCACGGCGCCGUCCUGAGGCAAGGGGCGCCGGCGCCGGGGCAAGCGUGGGCGGGCCGAGCCGCAACAGGUGGCCUCCGCGUAAACCAUCAUUCAUAUACUCUCUCGCGUCGGUGUUUAAUUUUUUUUUUCCUUUUUCUUUUUCAUUUGUUUUUCAUUUUACUUUUCGUUUGCCGCGAGUCCUCGCUGGAGCGGCCCGUUUUGGGUCAGUGUGUGUGAGCUGUAUCGGCUGUCGGGCUUGUUUCAAAAAUAUCACUUCGUCGCUUCGAUUUUACCAACGAGAAGCAAUGUUUUUGGUGAACACGGGAGUUUUGAUGGUUGGCGAUAUUGUAAGUGCGGUUAAGCGUGGGUUUUUUUUUUUUUUUUUUUUUCGAUUUGGUAAAGAUAAGAGGCAUCGAAAAAGAUUCUUUAUUUUCGGUAAGAGAUGUUAAUUUCGAAAUUUGAUAAAAUGUAUUGGAAAAUACGACUGUGGCUGUUUGAAGAAUUGUACAUUUUUUUUUUUUUUUUUUUCGACGUUAUAGAUUUUUAUUUUUUGAUUGAGAUUUUUUUUUUUAUACUUAUGGCUAUCUUUGAACCCAUGUACAUAUAUUUAUACAUGUGCAUUUUUACACAUUGCUCAGAACUUUUUAUGACUCUGCGUGCAUAUUAAUUAAUUACAUCGAUAUACAAUAGUAUAGGUACAAUUUGAAAACGUUACUUUUGGCCUUUCUCAACAAAGUUAAAAAUUAUUUAACCACGUCACGUUUACGUCUA